AUGUCGUUCCUUCGUUGUUACCCUCCACUUCCGUCGCCCCCAUUGUCCCCGCUCCCUUCUCGUCGCCUUCGCAGUCGACCAAUCAGCCCUCCAUCGCCCUUCCACUCUCCUGUCGCCCUUCCUCUCUCUCGUCGCCCUUCUUCUCUCUCGUCGCCCUCCCUCUCUCCCGUCGCCCUCCCUCUCUCCCGUCGCCUUCCCUCUCUCCCGUCGCCUUCCCUCUCUCCCGUCGCCCUCCCUCUCUCCCGUCGCCUUCCCUCUCUCCCGUCGCCCUCCCUCUCUCCCGUCGCCCUCCCUCUCUCCCGUCGCCUUCCCUCUCUCCCGUCGCCUUCCCUCUCUCCCGUCGCCCUCCCUCUCUCCCGUCGCCCUUCUCUACCGUCGCCUCUUCGCCCAUCUCUCCCGUCGCCCAUCUCUCCCGUCGCCCUUCUCUCCCGUCGCCCAUCUCUCCCGUCGCCCUUCUCUCCCGUCGCCCUUCCCAUCUCCCGUCGCCCUUCCCAUCUCCCGUCGCCCUUCCCAUCUCCUUCGCCCUCUCCCCUCCCUUCCCGUCGCCCUCCCUCUCUCCGCGCCCUUCCCAUCUCCUUCGCUCUCUCCCCACCCUUCCCGCCGCCAUCGCUCUCUCCUCCCCCUCCCAAUCUCCCCUCCCAUCGCCCAACUCGUCGCCGUCGCACUCGAUCUGGAACGCCCUCCCCGCGCCCUUCGUACCCUCGAAUCACCCACCUCGUCACCUUGCAGGCCCAUGUGAAUGGCAACUCUGCUUGA